AUGGAUGAUUUUUUUAAAUUUUUGGUAAACAAAUGUGCAGUAUGGGAAACCAAUAUCAGAUCUUCAAAUACUGAUGACCAAGGGAAAGGGAAACCUCACCUACCCCCUCCCCGAUCUACAACUAAAACAUUUAGUUGCAUACUUUGUAAGGCAGAUGAACAUUGUUUACAGCAAUGUAAACAAUUUUUGGAUAUGUCGUUGGAGGACAAGAGGGGAGUGGUGUCAAGGUCAAAUGCUUGUUGGAAAUGUCUCAAACUGGGACACAGGGUGCAUGCAUGUACAUCUGGAGGUUGUAGGCGUUGUAAAGGAAAACAUCAUCUUCUGCUGCAUGAUAAUCAGCACACAGGUAAGGAAACUCGGGAUUCCAAGGAAGGCGCAGCGGAAGGAGGUGACUCAAAGGUAUUUAACGGUCAUAGUAGUGAAGAUAAAGGUCUCGAGAUGCAAGGUGUAAAAAAGGAAAUUACGGAGGUUCUCUUGUCUACUGCAGUUGUAAGGGUUAAGGAUAUAGAAGGUAAAUGGCAUGAGUGUAGGGCGUUGUUAGACUGCGGGUCACAGUCUUCAUUCGUGACCAAAGCGUUUCGUGAUACAUUGAGGCUUCCAAUGAAAAGGAUAAACAGUUCAAUUAUGGGUAUAGGGCCCGAAACCAUGAGCAUUGAUCACUCGGUAGUUGCAAGGAUUUAUUCGACUCAUUCGCAAUAUAAUGCUGACGUCUGGUAA